GGGUGUUGAAUUCUGGGGAACCCAACUGAUUUUCUGUUUCCCCGCAAAAGCCGACGUCGACGCACGCAUUUCGUUCUGCGACGGACGCAACUCGUUUUUCGCGCGCUUCUCGCUAAAUGCGCCAAAAAUACAAAAAAAAGCAACAAAUAACCAUAAAACAACAACAACAACAAGAUAUAAGAAAUCCAAAUCAAAUCUAAAACGCAUGAGAAAUACAUCAGCCAGAGUGUAUUCAUUCAGUUUAUUAAUAGAUUCGCACAGCCCAUAUAGAGCACAUUUAAAAGAAGAAAUUAAAAAAAAAUAUAUAAAUAUGAAAUAAAUGAGAAAGUGAGAAGAAUUUGGAGAAGAGAGAGAGAGCUUUAUUGAUAAGAAGAAUUCGUUGCUGAUUAGCGGUAAACUGUUUGAAAGAAUUUGCGCGAUCAUCGGGCGCGAAUUAGUUUCAAUUCGAUAGAUAUUGCGUAUACGCCCGGUAGUACAGUGUGCCAAAGGCGGCGUCGGUUAACGGUUAACGGUGAAGCGGUGAGUCGGUUAACGGUCAUCGGUCAGCUCUGAAAGAGAGCGUGCGAAAUGAAAGUGAUAUAAAAAAAAAUAAUAAUAAAUCAUCAACCUACCACAACAAGGAACAACAAGGGAAUCAAACACACAACAAACAAACAAACAAACAUUGAGCAAAGAGCAUAUCAAAAGAAGCCAACCAUAAACAUUUCCUAGUAUUAACAAAGGAUAUACAAUAUACACUAUACACACACCGGAAGACUACAAACAUAUAUGGAUUUAUAUACAAAGCUGGAAGAGCUGGGAACAGGAAGCAGAUCGGAGAUCGGCAGGACCUCGAAUGCCAAGUAGAUGGGUUAGUAGCAGCAGGACACACUGGCUCCUCUAUUUGUCUAGUGAGGAAUCAGGCCACUCACACACACACACACACUCGACGAAGUCAGCGGCCAGCAAGGACAUCCUUUACAGUGCCAGUGUGUGUGUGCGUCAAGGACGACUAGUCGUUGUGCCAUAAAGAGCACUCUCUGCUGUGCUGUCAGUGCAGAAAGUGGGCGUGCGAGUUGGGCGCCGCUUAUUAAAUAUACAUCAGUCAAGCGCAAGGAACCUAAUUUUCCCUCCCCUCCCCCUUCAACUUGUCCCAUGUAACUAAACAACAAUAACUGGGAAAGGAACUAAACAGGAGAAGGAAAAGCGCAACAACAGGACAGGACUCCUCCCACUCCACCCGCCACAAAAAUGGCGCGACGCAAGGGCAGCGGCCGAGGCAAAUCGACUGUAAAUUCACGGAAAAGUGCUCUGGAAACUGCACGUGAAAAACUGAAAGAUGAGCCGCCCGCGAAUACGUCACAGGAUAAUCAAUUCGAUAAUAAUAUGGAAAAUGCAACAACCACAACGGCCAAGCAUUACAAGACGACAGGAAAACAGUACAAGACCAAUAAGGUGAACAACACGCGACGUGCCACAGCAGCAGCAGCAGCAGCAGCGGCAGCAGCAGCAACAGUAGCAACAACAGCAACCAGCAGCAGCAGCACGCCGGCAACCAAGAAGCAGACAUAUCGGGAAACUGCAACAACCACUCAGAGAACAGGCACUAGCAAGGCUAACAGAGCGGCUAGCACAGCCACAGCAUCGACAGAGGCAACAGUGGCAACAGUUGCAACAUCAGCAGUAGCAACACCCAUCAAGGCAGCAGCAACAGUUGCCGAUGUUGCCAGCAACAGCAGCAGCAAGCCCAGUACUAGCACACGCGAUAAGCUGAGCGAGUUGCCUCUACCAGCUGCCGACAACAACAACCACAAUAAUAAUAAUAAUAACAACAAUCAUAAUAAUAAUAAUAAUAACAACAACCACCACAGUGAUAAUAGUAUUAGUGAGAAUAAUUAUGAAUUUAAGAGUUGUAGAGAUAAAGCAAGUCUAAGUGAUAGCAAAAUGACGCUACAGCAGAUGGCAGCCGUCAGCAGCAACAAGGAGCCAGUGGCUCCAAACAGCAGCAAUACCACCGUAACAGCCGCCGCCGCUGCGGUAGUAACUGCCACGCCCACCGAUGAGGCCGCCUUCGGGGAGUGCUCGAACAUAUCGCGGUAUUUGCACAAGAAGUUCAAGCGAUUGGCCAGCACCACCGAGGUGGAGAACGCCAACGGCAAUGGGAAUCUGUCUGGGGAUGCCGGUCGCACCACAUCGCUGUCCUCAAAUAGUUCACUUUCGCCGCCACCACCGCCGAUGGUCGCCAAUGGCCACCACUUGACCCAACCGCCACAGCCGCAACAGCAACAGCAGCAGCAGCAACAACAUCCGCAGCCAGUGCCGCCGUCGACGCAGCAACAUGAUUUUAGUGCCAACUUUGUAAAUAGCAAUCAUGUCAAUGCCAUCGGUCAGGAGGAGAGCCAGAAGGCAGUGCCCAGAACGCGAACGCCGCUGAGCAGCAGCAAUAGCAACACAAACAGCAACUAUGCGGCAAAUGCCACACUGUCGCCGGCAACAUUCGCCCAGCACCAGCAGUUGACGCAGCCAACGGCAGGAGGUGGAGUGCCAGGUGGCGGAGGAGGAGGUGGUGGCGGUGGAGUUACUACUCCCGCAGGUGAGAAGGCCGGACGAUAUGUCUGCCCGUAUUGCAGUUUGAUUUGUGCCAAGCCCUCGGUGCUGGAGAAGCACAUCAGGGCACAUACCAACGAGAGACCCUAUCCCUGCGAUCCCUGCGGCAUUGCCUUCAAAACGAAGAGCAAUCUGUAUAAGCACUGCCGCUCCAGGUCGCAUGCAGCCAGAGCCCGGGGCUUGGAGGUGCCACCAGAUGCGGAUGAUGGUCUCUCCGACCAGGAUGCGGACCUGAGUAACAGUAGUUCCGAGUUGCCAAGUCGCGCUGGAUCGCCAUAUGAUGAGCCCAUGAGCUCGCCCACACCCUCACCCUCCACCUUGUCGGCGGCGAAGAGCGCCUACAUCCAGCAGCCGCCACUCCCCCAGCACAUGCAACAGUUGCCGCUGGGAUCGCCGGCCGCUGGGACUCUACCACCCGCCACGGCGGACAACCUGCACUCGGCCACUGCCCAGCACCGGUCGUCUGUCGACUACAAGCCAUACAAGCCCAAGUUCCACAACGCCUCGCUUUACGCUCCUGGCAGCAGCAAGGAUCAGCAGCAGCAGCAGUUGCACUUGGCACAGCAGCAGCAGCAACAACAGCAGCAGCAACAGCAGUUGGCGCAGCAGAAGCUGUUGACGCAACUGCCGAUGGUGCAGCAGCCGUCGCUGACACAUCCCACGCUCUCGCCCAGCACCCAGAUGAAGAUGAAGAAUCACAUCACCUCGCACCAGCUGCAGUUGCAGCUGCAGCAGCAGUUGCACGCCCAGCAAUCGCUCCUGGUCGGCCUGCCGCCGGUGCCCCCAGCUGGGGUGUACUACUUGGGCCAGCCUCCCUAUUACAAUCAGGAUCCUACCGCGGCUGCGAUCCAUCAGCAGCUAGUCCUCCAGCAAAUCCAACUGCAGCAACACAUCCACCUGGCCCAACAGCAACAGCAACAGCAGCAGCAGCAGCAACACUCUCCGUUGGUUAAGGCACCGCCGCCAAUGGCACAGCCGCCCAGUGUUCCCCCGCAACAGCUGGUGCGAGCCAACAGUCAGGUUUCCAGUGUAACCCCAGCACCGGCCACUCCCUCGCCCGCCACAAAUCUCAGCAGUUUCGCGAGCUCCAGCGGCGGCAUGCAAGUGAAUGUGGCCAAAGUUCAGGAGCACAUAUCGAAGCUGAUUUCGCACAACGAGGCCAUUGUGGAGAACAAAGACAUACUGCUGCAGAAGAAGUAUCCGAAGCAGCUGAGCCGAUCCCGCAGCUUCAACAAUGCCAGCGCCAAUAAUGCGUCGCAACACGCCGCCAACACAACGAACCAGCAUACGAGCAGCAAUCACAUUAGUGCCCAGAUGCCGGAGCGGGAGGCCAAAGUUAAUUUGGCCCAGGCCAUUGUCCAGAAGCAGCAGCAGCAGCAACAACAGCAGCAACAGCAACUGCAGCAACAACAGCAGCAGCAACUGCAGCAACAGGAAGAGCACCUGCAGCAGCAAAGGCAGUAUCAGAUCUACUUGCAACAUCAGGAGCAACAGCAACAGCAGCAGCAGCUGGAGCCCCCUAAUGGAUUGGCGAAGAGGAACAACUACAAGCCAGCUCCCUCGAUAACUACGCCAGUGAAGCAGCAGCCCCAUCUGCCACCGCCACCCUCGCCACUGCCCAUGCAGACAAUGCAGUAUCGCCAGGAUCCGGCCACCCCGGUGGCCAAGAUGGACCAACAGGCGAUGGGGGUGCAUGUGAUGCCUUUGAACUUGUCGGCGAAACCGAAGCCCGCCGUAGUUAGUCUGCCCGUCAGCUCCAUAGCCACCAGUUCCGUGGCGUCCACCCCCACCACCUCCACAGCUCCUACGGCCAGCGGCUCGAAAACUGCCCCACCCACUGCCCAGCCAAACAACUCCAUCAUCAAAAACCUCCUGUUGAACGCUCGGGGACUAGCCGUGCCCAUUGGAGAGGGCGACGACGCUGUCUACUCGUGUCCCAUUUGUGCCAAUGAGUUCCGCAGUGCGGACGAGCUGAAGCAGCACAACAGCACCUAUUGCCAGGAUGCGAGCUCCAGCGCCCCCAUGAGUCCGGCCUCAUCGCCCUUCCGCUCCAACUCGAUCUCGCUCAGCCUGCCGGAGCUGAAGAACCACAUUGCCAACUCAAAGAAUCCUCUGUCGCUGGCCAAGCUGGCCUGGUGUCAGCUGAAGACCAAGAGGAGCUGCCUGGUCCUCAAUCGCCUAAAUGCGGCUCAAACGCACGCAAGGACCUCUACGGUGACAGCACCCACAGCCACUCCUCCGGCCACUGCUCCUGCCACUGGUGCGGGCCCUGCUCCUGCUCUUUCCAGUGCCACUCCAGCCACUCAACCAAUAGUUGCUCCCACAGCCAUCGAAGCUCUGCGCUUCGUGGACGCACCACUGCCAUCGCCAGGACCUCUCCUCGGAAAGACGCCACUGGUGGACUUUGCCCAGCAGAACACACCCCGCAAGGCCCAAGACUCCGUUGUCAUUACGAAAAUGCACGAGGACCGGCAGUUCCCUGUCGACUUGGAAGCUCAGCCGGCCAAGCGAGUAAAGACCAGCGAUGUCGUCAUAGUUCCUUCCCAGACUCAGCCGCAGGUCUUCACAUUUCCCUUCAGCAGCGUCUCGGAGUCGCAGUCCAGCAAGGAAGAGCGCUUGCGGAGAUUGACGUCCUCUGGAGGCACCAUGAUUCCCAUCUCGGAGUGCCCCGAGCUGGAGAAGAGUCCCAGGGUGAUACGUACUUCGCUGUUGUCGGGCGGAAGCUUCCAGGAGGUCGGAAGUGCCUCCAAGGUCAACGAGCCGGGAUCGGGCAAGGACCGGAAGCUACUGCCGCUGCCCGGUGGCCUGUCCACGGGCGCCCAGCACUUUCAGUUCCCGCCCAUCAACUCGAUUACUGCCUUCAAUCCUCUGACCCUGCCGCAGAUGGGCGGUGGGGACAAGGCUACCCCCAGCACACCGAUUCCCUACGUGCCGGGCAUCCCAGGACCUGGCAGUCUGACGCCUCAGAUGCCCCUGCUUCCGCCGCCGCCGCAACAGUUGCAGCUGCCGGUGCCCACGGGUCGCGGCCGCAGUCCGAACCGGAAGCAGCCCAGUCCGCUCUUGAUGGCCAGCGCAGCUGCUGGCGAACUGAAGGCGUUGUCUCCCUUCGGCGGAGUUCAGAAUCUUCCCAGCGAGUUCAGCCGACUGCCGCCAACGCCCGCCCAGCGUCAGGCCCUCCAGUGGAACAGCAAGGAGGCCGGCAAGAAGGCGCCGUUCAACUUCCUGCGAAUGGCCGACAACGUAAAGAUCUCUGAGCCGGAGGUGCGUCACUUCAACCUGGACAGCGUGAUUGCCGGAAAGCAGCAGCAGGAGUCGCCAUUAACGCCGCUCCACGUGGACACGCCCAAUGGAGUAGCCACCGAGGAAGCGAGUGCCCCCUCCACGUCCAGUUCCUCCGCCAAAUCCAAGUUCCUGCGACCCACUAGCUUGCCUUUGAAGCCGGGAACGUUUACCCCGAAACGCCAUCAUGGAAUCACUCCCACGGCCAAUACACUGCCACUCAUUUCUCCGGAGACGCCGAGGCCGUCGAAGUCCUGCGUCCAGCUGUAUCUGAACGGGCAUGCCUACACCUACCUGGGCCUGAAGUGCAGCACCAAGAUGUUCUACUGCACGGUGAACUGCCCGCAGCCCUCGUACGUGGCCGGCAUGCACAAGCUGUCGAUGUACAGCGUGUGGCAGGUGUGCGAGGAGAACCAGCCGCAUCCUCUGGGCUUCAAGCUGAAGCAGGUCAUGGGCCUCUACGACUCCCGCCAGCGGAUGCUGGGCAACGUGAGCACCACUGCGAUGGCUGGAACUGGGAAGCUGAGCUACGGCCUGGUCUCGUCCCAGCAGAUCGUGUGCUCCCCCUCGCCCAACGCCAGUGGCAGUGCCUUCUACCAGGCCCAACAGAAGUCGGCGCCAGCCGUCCAGGUGGGCGCUCUCAGCGAGGCGAAUGUGGCGGCCAAGGCGGCCAACGACGAGGCGCAAGCCAAGAAGCUGGAGACCAGCCCCUCCGGACAACCGCUGGUGGGCGGAUACGAGUCGCACGAGGACUACACCUACAUCCGGGGCCGAGGAAGAGGCAGGUAUGUCUGCUCCGAGUGCGGCAUUCGCUGCAAAAAGCCUUCCAUGUUGAAGAAACACAUUCGUACACAUACGGAUGUGAGGCCUUUUACAUGCAGCAACUGCAAUUUCAGCUUCAAAACCAAGGGGAACCUGACCAAGCACAUGCAGUCCAAGACGCACUUCAAAAAGUGCAUGGAACUGGGCAUCAAUCCGGGACCCAUGCCCGCUGAUGGCGAAUUUUUGGACGUGGACAUGGACUUUGAUCAGCAGUCGUCCACUUCGGCCGGAGGACGCACAUCCUCCAUGGCCGGGGAGUCAGAUUCCGAUGACUUCACCGACAACGAAUCGGAAAGUAGUGACACGGAUGAGUCGAAAUCGCGGCUGAAGGAGCACGAGGCGGCCAGAUGCCUCCUGUCGCUGUCCAUGACACCGCCCAUUCCUCAGAGUGUCUCCCCUUAUCCGCAACUGCAGGAUACACCUGUUCCGGCCGCCAGCCCGGCCAACAGUAUUGGAUCCUCGGGAUCGCAGCCAAAGCGAUUGGUUUGCUCCUUCACCUCACCGAAGCCUCCGUUCGACUACCAGAAGCAGGAACAGUAUUACUCCAAUCCGGAGGAGUCCAAGCCGAAGCGAAGCGUGGCCAGCGAGGAGAGCGCUCCCAUGGAUCUCACCAAGCCACGUAGCUCUGCGUCGGCCAUCUCGCCCUUGCCGCUGGUCCCGCCUGUGCAGGACCUCCCCAAGUCACAGGCCCAGCAGAUGCGCGAGGUGAUCUUCGGCAGCUCUGGCAACGAGAGCGGCUUCAUGAAGACCCUGAUCUCGGUGUCGGACAAGGUGCGCAUCUCCGCCGAAAUGGAGGAGCAGGCCAAGCUGGGGGCCGAGGGCGAGGACGUGCUGCUGCAGACGUACAUCAAGGAGCAGGCUCUCCACCACGCCAAGAUGAAGCAGAGCCAGUUCAGCCGCAGCUACUUGAUCAAUACCCUGUUCUCCACUGCGGCGCCGGUGAUGAGCAGCAGUGCCAAUCUGCUGACCACCACCAGCCGGCCAGUCAUGAGCAUAAACGAGGUGCCCAGCAUCGAAGUGCACGAGGUGAAGACACCGGAUGAGGUGCCGUCUGUGGCUCCUGCUAUUCCAGCUCCAGUGCCGGCUCCAGCUCGCUCUGCUGUCGCACCCGUUGCCAACACAGCUCCGGAGGAAGGAGAGGAGAGCGAUCACGAGAAGUCCAAGGUGGAGCGACACAAUGCCAACUUGCCGGCUGCAGUGCAACAGCCGGAUGUCAAUGACUUCAGCGGAGUGCUGAGCGGCCCGGCCCUUGCCACAACUACACCUGCAGUAUCUGUGGCCACGUCCACUCCCGCACCUGUGGUCACAUCCAGCACCGCCUCCACACCCAGCGUCUCAUCCCAGCCCACGCAACGCACUGUGAUUGUGGGCGAAGAUGGCUUCAAGAACUCCACGCCCAGCAGCAAGAGCAGCGAUCUCCAGUCGGGUCCCUACGCCCGGGGCAUGCCAUCAGCUCCUCCGCCGAUCGCUGCCGAUGCCCGGCCCACCUGCACCAUCUGCUCGAAGACGUUCCAGCGGCAGCAUCAGCUCACCCUCCACAUGAACAUCCACUACAUGGAGCGGAAGUUCAAGUGCGAGCCCUGCAGCAUCUCCUUCCGCACCCAGGGCCAUCUGCAGAAGCACGAGCGAUCCGAGGCGCACAAGAACAAGGUGAUGAUGACGUCGACGUUCGGAGUGCCCACCACAUCCAAUCCGCGUCCCUUCGAGUGCACCGACUGCAAGAUCGCCUUCCGCAUCCACGGGCAUCUGGCCAAGCAUCUGCGCUCCAAGACUCAUGUCCAGAAGCUGGAGUGCCUGCAGAAGCUGCCAUUCGGAACGUACGCGGAAAUCGAACGGGCUGGCAUCAGUCUCACGGAGAUCGACACCAGUGACUGCGAGAAUUCGUUGAUUUCCCUGAAGCUACUGGCCCAGAAGCUGCUGGAGAAGGAUCCCAACAAGCUGAGUGGCUACACCACGCCGUCGGGAAUGAUGCAGCUGGCCCAGGACGCCACUGGCCCGACCUCGCAGGACAGUGCCUCCGAGGAUGGCUUCAGUGCCGCCAUAGCCUCGGCCAUUGCAUCGCUGGACAACGACAGUGCUGGGAACACACCGAAGCGUGCCAGUUCCAUGUCCGAGGACGAGACAGUGACCAAUGGCCUGAACCACAAUCUGAAGCGACGCUUGCCGGGAAGCUUUAGCAGCACCGGCGAAGAGAGCGACAAUCCGGCGGAGGGCACUGUCGAGAAGCGGGCGCGAUCCGGACAACCGGAGUUGCCAGCUCCUGUGCCCGUGGCUGUUCCGGUGGCCGCCUCAGCGGCAGCCAGCAACUGACAGUACAUGUACAUGCUCCAGCCCAGCUGAGGGUAUCAGUUACCAGGGGGGGUGUACCACCUGGACACCAGCCAGUACCACCUACCAGCCUACAAGCCGAGGAGCGACCAAACCACCUCCAACGAGCGCAUAUCAAAUGUCUAAGCAUAUCGCAUUUGGGCACACACACAACUUACUCUAGAGCUAGCCACUAAGAACCACCUCUCAUCGAUUAAAAUUGGGCUAAUCGUGAAUUCUAAUCAGACGAUAGGAGAUCCAGAUAAGCGAGCUAUUCCAGUGUAGAAACUUUUGGGGUGAACUGUCAUCACCCCACAUCACCCCCGCCCCCCCAGGGCAGACUCGAUUUCGGUCUGCAUCUUUAAGUAUUUAGUCUUAAAUCUUAAAAUAUAUAUAUAGCUAUAGGCUGGUAUGUUUUUCGAAAUGCAUAAAUGCAAAAAAAAAAAAAAAACUCCUGAAGUGCUGUGAGUCUAUCUACAAAUGUAACGAGCAAGAGAGAUCGGUUAGAGAAGAGUAUAAUUUAUAAGGCAUAGCCCCGUAAUUUAAACCACCAGGACCACCAAUCCCCACACUAAGUAUAUUGGUUUUCCAACUCGAUCCAAUCUACAUUCAAAUCUAAAUCAAAUCCUCUGCAAAUCACGUAGUUCUUCCUUAUUUUUGAAAUUGUUAUUACACCACCUGAGAGAAGAGGAAUGGGAUAUACGAUAUAUAUCCUAUAUCUAUGAUGUAUAUAACAUUGUAUA